AUGUUGUGUGAUAUGUUGGUUCUCUUGACAGCUUGACGCGGGCGAUGAGCAUGGGGCGUUGGUUGCCGCCCUGGUGAGCAGGACCAUGAGGGAUGCGGUCCUGGAGGUGAUGCAGGAAGAACAAGCUGAACAGACGAGGAUUAAUAAACUGGCUACUGCUUCUCUCACCUCUUUCGUCAUGCCUGUGGAGAUGGAUGAUACCGAAGAGGACAACAAGAAUGAGGAUGACUCGGCGACAGAAGAGAGAGAGGACCCGGAUGGCAAGGAGACCUCACCCCAGGACACGAACGAGCCAGCUAGGUCCCCGGAGCCUGAAGGAGACGAGCCCGAAGUCAAGGAGAUCCACCUCAUUUCUACCUUGGAGACCACUUUCUCGAAAGACUCUAUCACCCACGACACAGUCCAGGAAUCCGAAUCUCUCGUAAUUUAAGAGUGAGAGUGACUAGACUUCCUGAUUGACUGGUCCACGAAACUCACUCCAGUCAAACUUUCUACCAGUGUAUUGACUUUCAUUUCGACAUAUCUCCAGUCUCCAGUUACUUAAUUAUCAUGUAACUUGUCAUUAUCCCUAUCUUUUCUCUUUGGCGUGCGUAUCCCCGUCAGCAGCACGAGUUAGCCUGACGAUGACCAAGUGUAGUAGUCACAGUAGAAGAUAGUCAGGCUCUCCGUGCAGUUUAGUUGGUCGAGACGAAACUAGAUUCAAUUUUGUACCGCCUUCACCUUUUGUCGUGGUUACUCUGUUAAUAACCAUACAUCAAGGAUAAUUGAGCAGUGAGAUUUAACAAGACUUUCAUAAUAUUAUUGUUUAUAUGUUUAAUAAAAGACAAUAGAUAUGUUUGAUGAAGCAGUGACGAAUGACAGUCCAACACACACACACACACACACACACACACACACACACACACACACACACACACACACACACACACACACACACUAUACCAUGUGGGACGCCCUACAGAAUAACAUAAAGGAAACAACACUAAGAAUCUCACACCUUAGAUUUAGAUUUAGUAAGUAUUAUGUAUAGAGAAAGUUUGUAAUUACUGAAUAUAUAUAUUUUGGUAAGGUAUGUGGCUACACUUACGACUGUGAGACGUGAAGGAGGCAGGAGUAGAGGGAACACACACACACACAGUUAAGGAAUACUAUCAAGGAAUAUAUACUACAUCAAAAUGGUAAAGGUAUAGAUGGACUUUAUUAAUACAACAUACUACAUGUUAUACAACAUACAAUGGCUGUUGUGGGAUGAUGUAUCACCUUAGGGAGUGAUUUUAUGGACAGUCAGAGGAUAGAAGCAAGUAUUGGACCAAUGUUGUUACACUAGUUAGCUGUGGCGGCCCUUGUUCACCCUAGACUCUGACCAAGGCAGUGACAUGAUCAUCUCCAGAGAGGUUGUGUGUGUGUGUGACGCUGAGAAAUAACAUGCUGGGUACAGGAGUUUCAUAAUGGUCUCUUGUGAGAAGAAUAAAAGAGGUACAAAUUGUGACACAAGAAGCAGCCAAGAGGGAGAACACCGCGCUGGUGAUGAUCGCCUCUCACAGGACCGGUAACACAGGCGCCUCCUUGUUAGAGCAGUAGUGAUCUUACUCAUAUAUUUUUAUAUGGUCACACCGUACAACCCUGCGCUACCACGUCUACCUGCCUACAUACCUGUCUGGGGGUAAUAAUGAAUUACUGUGAAUCAAUAAAUAUAUUAUGAAUAUAUGUAUUAUGAAUGUAUUUAUUGAUGUAUAUGUAUUCAAAUAUAUAUGUAGACAUAUUGAACUGCUGGCGCAGGAUUCUAGAGGUUCUGAUAUAUAUUAUAAAUGUUUGUAUAUGAAGUACGUAUUUAUACGAGAGAGGACACGGGAGAUAAUUAUUACCAUGGUCAUUUGACCUUGAAUUACCUUCAGCUGGUUAAGUCAACGAUCACUGGGACACCGAGGCUGACCCCAGGAGACCCUCCAGUGAGGAGGGGGUCGGGACCUACUAUCGUUCUGCCCCCCUCCCCCCCCCCUCCUCCCCACUGGACACGACUCCUUCCUCGCCCACAGACGAGCUUUUGAGAGGUUAUAAAAACCUCCUCCUUGAUACUAGAGCCGUGUGUGUGUGUGUGUGUGUGUGUGUGUGUGUGUGUGUGUGUGUGUGUGUGAGGUGAUGGGUCAGCCUGGCCGUGUUUCUGAUCCUCUCUUGUAUAUUAAUAGUUAAUCUCUGUGUCAGAGACCUGUUCCCUCCCUCCCCACCCCUCUCCUUCCUUCUACGAUAAUACUCCCUCCUUCCUGCCCUCCUUCCCUCCACACCACCGCUCCCAUAUUUCCCUCCUUCAUUGUUUACUCUGUGUACCCGUGGUCACUACCCUGUGUACCCGCAGUCACUACAUUGUGUACCCGCGGUCACUACCCUGUGUACCCGUGGUCACUACCCUGUGUACCCGUGGUCACUACCCUGUGUACUCGUGGUCACUACCCUGUGUACCCGUGGUCACUACCCUGUGUACCCGUGGUCACUACCCC